AUGGGGUUCCAGACCACUUGCGUCGCCUUUGCUGAAUUCUUGUCCUUUCUCAUUCGGCCACUGAGCGCAAAGUGGGCUAGCGUUUACUUGGCUCACCUUAUGGAGCUUUGGUCUCAGCACCUGGUGUUCAUGAUACAGUACUUUGCUCCUGGAAACUUUAUCAUCACCAUCGAUAAGAGUUGUACGUCUUGGGUGAAGUCGGACGGUACUACCACUGAUAUCGGCAUUGAAGAAAUGAUACGUAGAAAGAGCGACGGCACCAUCGAUACGCUUGCAUUUCCACCACGGCUUAUACUUAUUUCAAACCAUCAGAUAUACGCUGACUGGGUAUACGUUUGGUGUCUGGCUCAUCUUGCAAAUGCUCAUGGGUCAAUGAAAAUUAUUUUGAAAGAUAGCUUGAGAAAGGUGCCAUUGGCAGGAUGGGGCAUGCUCAUAUUUGAUUUUAUAUUUAUGAAGAGAAAACUUAAUGAGGACCAAGCCAAUAUGGUCAAUAAUCUUGAGAGAGCAAAAAAGAACGUAGAGACACCAAUGUGGUUACUGAUUUACCCAGAGGGCACAGUCGUAUCCAAGAAAACUCGCAAAAUCUCUAAAGACUUUGCUGAGAAGUUUGGUUACAACGACCCCAAACACUUACUUUUACCGCGUUCAACUGGUCUUCGAAUUUGCACCAAUACCCUUGGAAACUCUGUAAAGUACAUAUAUGAUUGUUCAAUUGGCUACAGUGGUUUAAAGUCUGGUGACAUCCCAGAAGACGUGUAUACUCUUCGAGGCAUAUUUUUCCUCAAUCGAUAUCCCAAGGAGAUACAUGUACAUUUGCGACGAUAUUUAGUUUCUGACAUUCCUACUGAAGAGGAAGCAUACGCGACUUGGUUGAGAGACCGAUGGGCUGAGAAAGAUGAAUUAUUGGCAGAAUUCUACCGCGUAGGGGCCUUCCCAGGUGAAGAGUUGAAGACCAGCAGCAAGAUCAAGAUGGAGCGAGUGGUUGAUGAGGAUACCGGUGAUGUUAAGGUGGUCCGCGCAGAACGUGAUGAUACAGUCUAUCGUAGUUUAGAGGUACCCAUCCAGCUCAAGCAUACUCUACUAGACCUUACUCAAGUCUGGUUCUGCCUUCUUCCAUACGUACCAAUAGUAAAUGGGCUUUGGGCCGCUUGCCAUAUAGGAUGGAUAUUAUUGCGUUCCAAAUAA